GGGUUGCAUGGUCGUUAUUUAGAGGGGAGGGGAAGGGGUACGUACCUAGUACAAGCAAACCCUAAGGCGGGUCGAACACACAUUUGGGCACGGGACAGAAAAACUCCUACGCAAGAUGAAAUAAAUUAAUCAGCCGAGAUUUAUCCAGCAGCUAACCUCCACUUAUUCGGUCUCGUUUGCGAACUCCAGAACCGACUUACCCAGUCUCCAUUCCCUACACAACAUCGGCUUUAAAAAUCCUAACUUCAGAAAUAAGAAGACAUGGGAGCCAGCAGGCAAAAGAAGGCAGAAUACUUCCCCAAGCUGAAAGGCUUGCUCGAGGAAUACCGAUCCGUAUUCCUCGUCACCGUCGACAAUGUCAGCUCGCAGCAGAUGCAUGAGAUCCGACAAUCUCUCCGCGGGGAUGCCGUCGUCCUGAUGGGCAAGAACACCAUGGUUCGCCGCGCCCUCAGGACCUUCAUCGCCGAUACGCCCGAGUAUGAGCGACUCCUUCCCCACGUCAAGGGGAACAUAGGCUUCGUCUUUACCAACGGCGACCUGAAGGUCAUCCGUGACAAGAUUCUCGCCAACAAGGUCGCCGCCCCUGCCCGUGCUGGCGCGGUUGCUCCAGCCGACGUCUGGGUUCCUGCCGGCAACACCGGCAUGGAACCCGGCAAGACCUCCUUCUUCCAGGCUCUCGGUGUUCCCACCAAGAUCGCCCGUGGUACCAUCGAAAUCACGACCGAUCUGAAGCUCGUCGAGUCCGGCAGCAAGGUCGGCCCUUCUGAGGCCACCCUGCUCAACAUGCUCAACAUUUCUCCCUUCACCUAUGGCCUGGGUGUGGCGCAAGUGUACGACCAGGGCAAUACCUUCCCGCCCAACGUCCUCGACAUCGGCGAGGACCAGCUUCUCAAGGCAUUCACUAGUGCCGUCGCCACCAUUACCGCCCUGUCCCUCGCUCUGAACUUCCCCACCCUUCCCUCGAUCAUCCACUCCCUAUUGAACGGCUACAAGAAGGUUCUGGCUGUCGCGGUCGAGACGGAUUACAGCUGGCCUGAGAUCGAGCAACUGAAGGACCGCAUUGCCAAUCCUGACGCCUAUGCCGCUGCCGCCCCAGCCGCUGCCGCCGCCGCCGACACGGGAGCCGGUGCCGCCCCCGCGGAGGAGGAGGCGAAGAAGGACGAGGAGGAAGAAGAAUCUGGUGACGAGGGCUUCGGUGGUCUCUUUGACUAAAUUUCGUAGCAUGAUCACGGUGUUGUCGGACUGGCAUGAAACAGGGCUACGGUUAGGUUUACGAGAUCUAGACAUGCGGGAAAACCGGAAUUCACGUUUCACAGGUCUUUUUUUUUUGCCGGUCGAUUCAGGCAGGUUGCAAAAGAAUACCAGGGAGUUGAGAGUUCUCUCGAUUGUGAUAUGUUAGUUAAACCCGUCGAUCCCUCGAGCAAACCUUCUUAAAUGGUGAGUUAGAUUCCUUUCUUCCACAGCUUGAUC